AGAAGCUGGCAGGAAAGCAGGAAGAAAGAACUUCUUGAAUGGGACGGUGUGGGUUUGCCAGAGUGUGAGGAGACAAACGCAGACGACAGUUUCAUCGCGGGCCCAGUUGUUUCAGACACAGUGUCUAAUCUGCCUGAGGUAGCUGUUGAUGUGAAUAAAUCAAGAAGAGGAUCAGCAACCAUGACAUCACUGGGGAGCAGUAGUUCCUCAACCACAGAAUACACUGUACGGGUCCCGAAAAACACCAGUAAGAAGUACAACAUAAUGGCCUUCAAUGCAGGGGACAGAGUCAAUUGUUCAGCCUGGACACAGGCUCGUAUGGAAAGAGACAUGAGCGCCCGGCGGAUAUACGGAGAGGAGGAGACGGCGGAAGGCGGGGCGGGGAGUGAGUUUGGAAAAAAGCAGCGCGAGGAAGCUCGGCGGAAGAAGUAUGGGAUCGUCACCCGCGAGUUCAAACUGGAGGAUCAGCCGUGGAUCUUAAAGGUCAAUGGAAAAGCCGGCAAGAGGUUCAAAGGUGUGAAGAAGGGCGGCGUUACAGAAAAUGCCUCCUACUACAUCUUCACGCAGUGUCCUGAUGGUGCGUUCGAGGCUUUCCCCGUUCACGGCUGGUAUAACUUUACACCGCUGGCCAAGCACCGAACUCUGACCGCUGAAGAAGCUGAGGAGGAGUGGGGCAGGCGGAACAAAGUGGUGAAUCACUUCAGCAUUAUGCUUCAGAGACGUCUCCGGGAGCAGGAGCGCGGUGACGACGACGACGACGAGUCGGACAAGUCUGGGAAAAAGAAAAAAAGGGGGGGCGAAGGAGAGAGCAAGUCCAAAUCCAAGAAAGAUGCCGGAAAAGGAAAAGCAAAGAAAAAGAAGGGAAAGAGCAACAAGAAAGAGGCAAUGGAGGACAGUGACGACGGGGACUAUGAGGGGCUGGAGGUGGAUUACAUGUCUGAUGAAAGCAGCUCAGACGAGGAGCCGACGAAGGUGAAGCCCAGCAAAGAAGAAGAGCACCCUAAAGGGAUUGAUGAGGCAUCUGAGAGCGAGGAAGAAAGCGAGGAGGAGAAGCAGAAUGAAGAUGAAGCAAAGGAGGAGGAGGAGGAAGAAGAAGGAAAGAAAACCCCGGUUCAAAUGGAAAAGAAGAAGAAAAAAGACAGCAGCGGGGAGUCGGACAGCUCCGACGACAGCGACAUUGAGGGAGAGACGGCGUCCGCUCUGUUCAUGAAGAAGCGCACGCCUCCCAAGCGCCCGGGGGGGCGUGGCUCCGCCGGCAGCUCCAGGACCGGCAGCCGCCCGGGGACGCCAUCCAUAGAUUCUGCCUCUACCUCCAACACGCUGCGAGCAGCUGCCAGCAAGCUGGAGCAAGGUGCCUGCUCCAAAAACACACACACUUUCAAACUGCUGGGCUCUGUGUGUGUUUUGGUGGCUCGGUUUCCUCUAAACGUGGCCUUUUCUGUAGGGAAGAGACAGAAUCAGGGUGUUGUCACCGACUCACCGGCUGCCAAGCGGCUGAAGCUGGAGCCGAGCACUCAGAGCCCCGCUCCCUCUGGGAAGAGCACACCUCAGCCCGCCUCAGGCAAAUCCACCCCCAGCUCCAGUGACGUGCAGCUAACUGAAGAGGCAGUGCGGCGCUACCUGAUCCGGAAGCCGAUGACCACCAAAGACUUGCUGAAGAAGUUCCAGACCAAGCGCACGGGCCUGAGCAGCGAGCAGACGGUCAACGUGCUGGCCCAAAUCCUAAAGCGCCUCAACCCGGAGCGCAAGAACAUCAACGACAAAAUGCACUUCUACCUCACAGAGUAACCCACAGCCACUACCAGUGGAGCAAAGUCUCUGUUUUUGUUUUUAAAGGCCAGUAUUCCAGUAUUUUGUAAAGAAUUCUUUGGUUUUUCGUGGUCUGACUUCUCACUGGUUUAAUGGAUUCAGUAAGGUUUAGAACCUGAUUGAAAAGAUAAAAAGCCUUUAGCUUUGUUUUUCUUAGAUAGAAACUUUUCAAUAAAAUUUAAAUGAC